AUGCUCGAAGUAGCUUGUGGAAAGCGACCGGUAAAGCUCCGGGGAAUGCCAGACGACAUAAUAUUGAUGGAAUGGGUUCUGGGGAAAUGGAAACAAGGAGCUAUUCUUGAGGCGAGUGAUCCGAGAUUAGAGGGGUCUAGGCCUAGCAUGAGGCAGGUGGUGCAGUUUUUGGAUGCAAAUGCAAUGUUGCCGGAAGAAUUUAUGGAUGCUGAAGGUAUUGGUAUGGCUGCAUUAAUGGGUAAUGAAUUUUCAAAUGAAUUUGCAACGACUUUCCCUUCAUCAACAUUUGGGGAUGCUUCUACUACUAAUGACCUAGCUAGUACUUCACUCCUUGGCUCGGGUCGUUAG